AUGAUAUUAGAGAAACAUAAUAACUUGAACCAAGCAUGUCUAGUGUCUACUAAUUCUCGUUCAGUUCGAGUACAUAGACAGCGGAAGGGUAAUCUGGAAUCUCUGCGUCGGGAUAUCGAAACAGACGUUCACCUACGAGCAGCGGAAGAUUUAUUGCAAAGUCUGCGAACUGAUGCGAAGCGUGGUUUAUCCACGGCUGUUGCAUGCGAGCUUUUAAGGAAAAGUGGAUCGAAUACGCUUACACCUCCGAGAAAGACUUCUAACGUAUUAAAAUUCCUUCGCCGAUGUUUUGGAGGAUUCUCUUUGUUAAUUUGGAUUGGCGCUUUACUAUGUUUCUUUAACUACUUUUUGGAGUACGGAGCCUACGGGGAAGCUUCCAACGAGCACCUGGGACUGGGUAUCGUGCUGGUGGCCUUGACUUUGGUCACAGGGAUGUUCAGCCAUUAUCAGGAAUCGAAAAGUUCGCGUAUCAUGGAGUCGUUUCAGCAAAUGCUGCCGCAAAAGACGACGGUCUUGAGAGACGGCGAAAAGAAGGAACUGUCCGUAGCCGAAUUAGUCGUCGGGGACAUUGUCCUUUUGGAAACUGGCAACCGCGUUCCUGCUGACAUUAGGAUCCUGGAAUGUCAAGGUCUCAAGAUAGACAACGCGUCUAUUACGGGUGAAUCCAUACCAUUGUUGAGAUCUGCCAACGUUCAUCCAACUGGUAGCGUCAUCGAAGCCAAGAACAUGGUUCUCUUUUCCACAGAUAUCGUUGAAGGCACCGGGAAAGGAGUCGUCGUUGCCUGCGGUGACUACACUGUGAUGGGCCGAAUUGCUAAACUAACGACUAAAUUGAAGCCAAGACCGACGCCGCUUUCUCGUGAAAUUAAUCGCUUCAUGAAGUUGAUAUCGUCCUGGGCUAUCUUCCUUGGCCUUCUGUUUUUUACUUUGUCGAUUGGAAUAGGCUACAAUUGGAUCGACUCGAUAGUGUUUCUGAUAGGAAUCAUAGUGGCGAACGUGCCAGAGGGACUGAUAGCUACCAUGACUGUCAGUCUGACUCUGACGGCCAAGAGAAUGGCGAACAAGAAUUGCCUGGUGAAAAAUCUCGAAGCUAUCGAGACGUUAGGAUGCUCCGCUGUUAUUUGCAGCGACAAAACAGGAACGCUCACGCAGAACAAAAUGACGGUUCGGCACAUGUGGUACGACGGUAAAUUGCAAGAGGUAAUGGCCUCCGACACGUGGAAAAAAUACGUUAAAAAUCCUGGAUUCCAUAAUUUAGCCAGGGUGGCUAGUCUUUGUAAUCGAGCCGAAUGGGCACCUCUACCUGAGAACAUGCCUGUGCCGCCUUUGCAUAAAAGGCAAAUCUUAGGGGUUGCUUCAGACGCAGCUUUGUUGAAGUGCAUGGAAGUCCUGGUGAAAGGAGGCGUAGCCACCUAUAGGAAAAGUUGUAAAAAGGUGUUCGAAGUACCAUUCAAUUCGACGGAGAAGUUCCAGGCCAACGUUCACUUAUGUGGCAAGAAGCAUUUCGUUUCCUUCAAGGGUGCACCGGAAAGUGUUCUGGAGCGAUGUUCAACCGUGGCGUUCGGUAACGAGACAAGGGAGCUCAGUGACGAAAUCAAGAACGCUUACACAGAAUCCUGUUAUAUUCUUGCGAACAAUGGCGAACGGGUCCUCGGAUUUGCUGAUUUCGAUCUACCUACUUCUACUUUCCCGCCAGGUUUCGCCUUUAAGGAGGAUCCUCUGAACUUUCCGCUCCAGAAUUUGAGACUAAUCGGAUUGAUCUCGAUGAUGGAUCCCCCGAGGCCAACAGUGCCAGAUGCAGUUUACAAGUGUCGUUGCGCCGGAAUCAAGGUGAUCAUGGUGACGGGUGAUCACCCUGACACAGCGAGAGCGAUCGCAAAAUACGUUGGCAUCAUCACCGAGGAUCUAUCGCACAAUAACAACGAAACGAAACGUUCGAUUGUGGUGACAGGGAUGGAGUUGCGAGAUCUUCAGUCGGCAGAGCUCGACGGCAUCAUAAGAACCUAUCCAGAAGUUGUUUUCGCAAGAACAUCGCCUGUGCAGAAGCUUCAGAUCGUGGAGAGUUGUCAGCGAUUGCAUCUGAUUACCGCGGUCACUGGUGACGGAGUUAACGAUUCGCCGGCAUUGAAGAAGGCCGAUAUCGGUAUCGCCAUGGGCAUUGCAGGAUCGGACGUGACUAGAGAAGUUGCAGACUUGAUCUUAUUGAACGACGAUUUCGCCUCGAUAAUUACGGGAAUCGAAGAAGGUCGAAGACUCUUCGAUAACUUGAAGUCGAGUAUUGCGUACAUUUUGGCGAGCAAUGUACCCGAGAUAACACCUUUCUUGGCGUUCAUUGUUCUCGGGAUUCCUUUACCCGUAGGCGUGAUUUGCAUAUUGUGCAUAGACCUAGGCACCGACAUGUGGCCUGCUGUUUCGCUAGCUUACGAGAAGUCUGAAUCGGAUAUUAUGUUCAGGAAACCUAGAAUACCUGCCGUGGAUCAUCUGGUCAGCCGUCGAUUAAUCUUCAUGGCUUACGGUCAGAUCGGUGUGAUCGAAGUCUGCGCUGGCUUCUUCACAUAUUUUGUGGUAAUGGCGGAGCACGGUUUUCUACCUGGGAAACUGCUAGACCUGCGCUCGUUGUGGGACAGCAGCAUAGUGAACGACUUGCAAGACAGUUUUGGCCAAGAAUGGACGUACGAACAACGCAAGAUUCUCGAAUACACUUGCCACACCGCUUUCUUCGUCAGUAUAGUGAUCGUCCAAGCGGCCGACGUCAUGAUUUGCAAAACUCGCAGGAACUCACUUUUUCAUCAGGGCAUGAAUAAUUGGGUUCUAAAUUUUGGCAUACUAAUCGAGAUAGCGGUGGCCUGCGUUGUUUGCUACGCGCCUUACAUGGACGAAAUUCUCAGAACGUAUCCAUUGAAGUUCGUUUGGUGGUUGCCAGGCGUACCGUACGCUGUGAUCAUUCUGAUCUACGACGAGCUCAGAAAGCUUUGGAUCAGAAGGAACCCUGGAGGAUGGUGGGACCGAGAAACAUGUUAUUAA